AUGGUCGAAGGAUUGGUGGGUGCAAAUCCAAAUAAUUUUAAUUAAAGAAAUUAUUAUUGUUCCUAAUAAGAUAGAAUUAAUCAAUUAAAACAUAAUUUUACAAUAGAUGAUUAAAGUCCUAUGACGUAUGUAAAUUUUAGAAGCAAAAUUAGUUCCUUUCCGAUUGGAAACAAAAUAAUUAAUGAGAAUUUGAUAAAUAUUGACAAAUUAAAGAAAAUUUUGUAAAAAUGUAUUACUAAUUCUAAAUGUUAAGAGGUUCCAAGUGCAUCUUAUUCAAUAUUCAAAGAAUUUGUAUUUUUGUUGUAAAAAGUAAGCGAUUUAGAAUAUGAACCGGAAAAUAAAUAAAUGUAUGUUAAUUAACAGCUUAAAGAAAUUGAAAAUAAAUUAAAAGGAUAUAAAACUCAUAAAUAGAAAAAUGAUUAGAUGACAAAUCAGUUAUCAAAGUUAUUGAGCGGAUUAUGA